AUGACCUGGAGCGUCGCUGAUGUCAUUCCUGCUCUCGCAAUAUGCCGGCCACUUGCAAAGAACUGGAACUUCUCACUGCCCGGAACGUGUGGCGGUCAACCGACCUUCCACUUCGCGAUGGGUGUCAUCAACCUCAUUACAGACGCCGUGAUGAUCUUCUUGCCAAUGCCAUACUUGUACAAGUUGCGCAUGGCGUGGCGGAGGAAGUUGGCUGCGAUGGCGCUCCUCAGCAUUGGAGUAGGUACCUGGGCCAUCACCAUAUACCGCCAAACGCUGCUACCGGGUCUCGACUUCUUCGACAUGACAUACACCGGUGUGCUCGCCACAAUCCUCUCCGGCCUCGAGCCCGCCGUCGCAAUCGUCCUGGCAUGCAUCCCACUCAUGCGCCCCUUGUUCGGGAAGUCAAACCAGGCCAUGCGAUCCAAUCUCGACUACGAAAGCAGCAAGAAGACUAGUCUCUUAUCGAAGAAAGGGAGCAGGAGGCAUGACGACCCGACAGCGACUUUCUCGGAAUUGGUCGACGGUAAUGAUGCUUCUUCGCAGAUUGAACUGCAGCCGGUCAAGACUUGUCAGAUUGUGCGCGUUUCGUAG